AAAACGCCAGCCGAUGUUUGCGCUGAGGCGUAGGCCUUGCAAUGUUGUUUUAUGUUUUGGGGCGUGGUGGACAUCGGCUGACCUGUCUUUCUUGGGCUCCAUCCAGUCUGCGUAUUUAUUGCGCCAGAUCGUUUCAAAUGCAGGUAAUACAUAUUGUUUCAUUUUGUUCGGCUCGAAGCAUUUGGGAAUCUGCUAUCUUGGAGGAGAGACGGCAGAAGCGCGCUCGGAAUUCUGCAGCUUUCAAAUUACGGUAGAUCGUGAGAGUGUCCUAUACAUUGCGACGAUGAGGACGGACGGGAAGCGACGAUGGUUUACCAUGGUGCUCUUGGCCCUUUGCCUGGGCUCCCGGACGGUUGAAGGCUCAGCGCCAGUUUUCAAAUCAGGCCGUUGUGAGACCAUAAUAACGCAGCCAGAUACGGAAGAAAAUGAAGCAACGGUGUAUUGGGCCUUCCCUCUUGCGACAAACAGUGAUGGCAGCAAGCCAGCUGCAGUGACCUGUGAUAGUGCUCCUGGCGCAAAAUAUGGAGGUGACACUCUCGUCACUUGCACUGCAACGGACCUCGACACUAAAGCUACGGCACAGUGCUCAUUUCAAGUUCGUGUGUAUCCAACAUUCAAGACAGGUUGCCCGGCUGAUGUCGCAUUUAAUAAUGGCGAGGAAGUCAACCUUGACAAACUGGGCAAACCUGUGGCAAACAGAGACAUUGAUGAUGGUGAACCACCCUCAGUAUCUUGCAGCCCGGAUCUAUUCCCGGAUGAUACAUCGACAAAAGUCAAAUGUGAAGCCACAGGAGAUGGUUCAAGAAAGGUUACCUGUACCUUUAAGGUUACAAAAGGGUCGGUACCAACCUUUAACAACAAAGGUUCAUGCAAUGAUGACACCAUUGUAACUCAGCCAGAUAUUGGAAAAAACAUAGCCUCAAGCAUCUCCUGGACGGAGCCAACCACAGCGACUCCAGGAGCUACCGUUAAGUGUGACCCAGACCCCAAUAAUUAUGCAUUUGUUGGCGGGGAUACCACUGUGACAUGCAAAGUCACAGAUGGCAGUAACCCGGCCCUCUUCUCUGAAUGCAGCUUUGAUGUGAGAGUGUAUCCAACAUUCAAAACGGGUUGCCCGGCUGAUAUUGCAUUGGCUAAUGAUGGAACACCCACCUUUGACGAACCUGUUGCAAACAACGACAUCAAUGAUGGUGCGGCACCCUCAACAACUUGCAUGCCGGGUCUAUUCCCAAAUGGUGUAACAACAGAAGUCACAUGCACAGCCACAGGAGCUGAGUCAAGAAAGGUUUCCUGUACCUUCAAAGUAGCACUAGGAACAUUGCCCACAUUUGACAGCCGAGGAUCGUGCGAUGCUGGUGUAGUCGAUGUGACACCAGAUGAGGGUAAAAUGACGGUUACGGGUAUCAGUGGCAAGUGGGGAAAACCAACGUCGACAGAUUCCGUGACAUGUGACCCAGAUCCAGACAUUGCAACUUUCAGCGGUUCAGAAACUGUUGUAACAUGUAAAGCAGUGAAUGCUGAUCUCUUUGAUACGUGCACCUUCACGGUCCGUGUCUAUCCAGCAUUUGAUGGGAACACCUGUGGUAAAGACAUCACCUUAUCACCAGACCCCGAUGAGUAUAGAGCUACUCAUGCCUGGAUAACAACUGCCAACAAGAAAGAUGGCGAACCUGCCGAGGUGACUUGCGAUCCGGUAUUUGACGGCUUCCUCAAGUUUGAGGGAGGAGAGAAUGUGGUCACCUGCCAGGCCAAGCAGACUGAUAAAGAAGUUUCCACUUGUGAAUUCAAGGUUUCCGUUUGGCCAAAUAUGGAUAAAAACACGGUUGUAGGUCCUAUAGUAACGGCACCAGACCAAGGAAGCAGUAAGGCCAUUGUUGGCUGGAGUGUACCUACUGCAAGAGGCUUGGGUACUAAUCCUGUACCAGUUGAAUGCAUACCACUGCCCUCAUCAUCAUUUAAUGGAGGUGUUACUCCUGUUGACUGUAGUGCUAUAGAUCCCAUAGCCACCUUCAGAGCCGUCAAUCGAUUCACCGUCAGUGUUUGGCCAAACUUACUUGACGGCACAGCAGUAAAAGAUAUAAAACGGGGGCCCAAGCAAGGAACAAACACAGCUGCAAGUGUCGACUGGGUCGUACCUACUGCAUAUGGCUCAAAUGCUGAAGACCUUACCGUCGUAUGCAAACCUGCUUCCGGAUCAGCUUUUAGCAAAGUUCAAACACAUGUGAAGUGUGAAGCUACAGAUCCGAUACUGACAGAUCAAAAAACAACAGAUAAUUUCAAAGUUCUUAUUUAUCCAACAUUUGAUAGGAGUUGCCCAGAUGAUAUCAUUCAUCCCCCUGGAGAUGGAGAUGCAACUGUUGUUUCCUACGUGGAACCCACUGGAGCAAUUGAUUCAGGUCAGAUCGAGAAAGCAGUGGUCACCUGUGUCCCCCGCAGUGACUUUGCCUUUCCCAAUAAUCAAGAAACGGACGUAACUUGCUUUGCAACCGAUUCUGAUUCUGGCACUUUUCCAUCCAAGGCCACGUGCAGCUUCAAAGUCACUGUUGGUGAAGUUCCAAAAUUCCCAGUGGGCUGCCCAGAAGAUAUUGAAAGGGGACCUACGCCUGGCCAGAACAAGGCAGUGGGCGUCACAUGGGCCAUCCCAACAGCGACACAGAGUGAUGGACAACCAGCCACAGUAACCUGUAACAAAGCAAGCGGCUCAGACUUCAGUGGCUCAACGGAAGUCACCUGCACAGCAGUGGACUCCCGCAUGCCAAGCUUGAAAAGUACCUGUACCUUCCAUGUCCAUGUCUAUCCCAUGAUAAUUGAGGAUGACUGCAAAGAUAAAGUUGCUAGUCCAUCUGCUGGUUCUACAAUUGUCAACUAUGUCAAACCAUCUGGAGCAAUCGAUUCCAAAGGGACACAUGCAGAAGUAACCUGUGACCCUGACACAGGAACUCUCUUUACUGAUAAUAAGGUAACCAGGGUAACCUGUACAGCAACAGAUCCUGAUUCUGACAAACGUGAUGUGGCCACUUGCACCUUUAAGAUACUGGUUGCUGCUGCUCCGACAUUUGAUGAACCCCAUGACUGUCAAGUGGAUGUCAAUGCCAGCCCAGACAAUGGAAAGACAGCGAUCGUAUCCUGGACAGAGCGUACCGCCAAACAAGGCGAUGGAACUGCAGCAGCAACUGUAACGUGUAAUCCAGCGAGUGGUUCAGUGUUCAAAGGUGGUGACACCCCCGUGACUUGUACAGCGGUGGACCCUCGCUCAUCACUCCUUUCCAAAACAUGUGACUUCAAAGUGAGAAUAUAUCCAACGUUUGAAUCCGGUUGUACAGACAUAUCCAUAGAAAAAGGAAGCUCUGGUUCUGACACCGUCGUUGACUAUGCCUUACCUGUUGGAGCUACUGAUUCUACAGGAAAAUCUCCAGCACAUGUGUCUUGUAAUCCAACUCGUAAAACCGCCUUUAACAAUGAUGCAGCUACAGGUGUGACAUGCACAGCAAGAGAUUCAGACCGUGUUAAGUUUCCAGAUGCUACCUGCACUUUCAAAGUAAAAGUUGGCUCAGCCCCAACUUUUAAAACCAACUGUCCUAGCAUGAGAGUUGUCGCUCCAAACGACGCAGGGAAGGCCGUUGUGACCUGGAAUGACAUCACGGGUAAUGAAGAUUCCUCCGGCCAGCCGGCCGUAGUCCAGUGCGACCACCAGAGUGGAGACACUUUUGACCAGCCUGACACCUUGGUGACUUGUACGGCGACAGACGCUGGGAGCACCCGCACCAGCCAGUGCUCUUUCAGAGUUCUACUCGAUUCCAUUCCACCACCAAUACUUUGCCCGGACGAUCCAUUGCCUGUGCAAGCCGGAUCGGACACCAACAAAGCCAAAGUGACGUGGGUCGAUCCCAUCGUCAGUCACGAUGACGGAGAUCCUCGUCGACCACUCAAAGUGCGGUGCGUACCCUUGUCUGGGUCAAAGUUUGAGUACGGAAGCACUGACGUAUACUGCUCAGCCAUUGACCCUGCCAACAAUGUGGGGGAAUGUUCUUUCAAAGUAACAGUCACAGGGAAUCCCUGUGACCCCAAAUGCACGGGCUUCUCCAACUGCCAGCUUGACACUUCAGGCAAUCCAAAAUGCGUCUGUCAGGAAGGAUACAGUUCAGAAAAAGGAGACGGUUCAGAUUGUGCAGACAUUGAUGAAUGCGCUGCUGAAAAGAGUCCAUGUCAUGCCAAUGCAGACUGCACUAACCAGGAGCCGGGUUACCAGUGUGCUUGCAAAGAUGGCUUCUUUGGCGAUGGCAUUUUUACCUGCAAUUCCAACCCAACCGAAUAUCCAGACAUUGAUGCUGAAGUGGAGAAGAAAUUUGUGGUCGAGAUUUCCAUUGCGGAUGCCACAGCGGUUAGCGCAGGCUGUGACCCGAGUACAAAUGGAGGAAAGCUGUCUGAAGCAUGCAUAGCACUCGUCAAUACCUUCAAGCAACUUAUGAUGCCACUGUAUAGAGAUCUGUCAUCCAGCUUCAAGGAAGUAAUCGUGGUUCAGACCCAAAUAAGGCCCGGCAGUGUUGUCAUUCCACACACCGUCAGCUACGACUACGCUAAAGCAACCCCUGAAAUCCGUGGACUACAGACAGAUAAAUUUUAUGCAGACACCCUGAAAAAAGUGGUUGAAGAGGGAAAGAUUGGGCCCCUGCAGUUGUUGAAAGACUAUAUCGUGAAAGACACCACUGACUUCUGCACUGAUGACAUUAAGAAUAAAAUGAAAUGCAAUAAUUCGCUGUCUGUUUAUGAGGACAAGCAAACCAAUGGCUGCGUGCUGUACUGUGCCUCCCGCUGUGACUUUGAGAAAAACUAUUGCAAUACUGGAACAUGCCAACACGAUAACUCCAAGGGCCCAGUUUGCAGUUGCCCAGAGGGAACAGAAGGAGACCAGUGCACCAAAGUAGGAUCCAACAUCCCCCUAAUCGUGGGUCUGUCUGUCGGUCUGGGCGGUGGGGCCCUGUUGAUCAUCGUCUGUCUCCUCAUCUACUUAAUGUGCUGCAAGAACAAGAAUACCAAGAUCACUGGAGUGGAACCCGGGGAUGAGGAAGUUGGUCGCUCAAAUGAAGCUUUGGCUAUGAACGCCAAGUGAAGUACCUAUAAGAGUAAGAAUCAUGCGCAGAGACAGGCUUAGUGGUUUCUUGGAUGAAAGUGAUGAAAGCAAGCUUUUAACCGGGACUUUUCAAUCUCUUUCUCUCUCUCUUUUGGCAAAUAUUUGUCGACUCAGAUUAUGUUUCUUUUAACCAAGACAUUGGAUAACUUUAUAUCUUGCUUUUUUGACAUGCUGUGUGUAUCAAACAACAAAGGUGAAGUGUUUCCAGGGACUUAAAAUGUUUCCUUUUCCGGGAUACAUACAUGCACCCAAAGAUUCCUCAAGAAAUUCUGAAAUCCUUGUUUAUGUGAGUUGUUGCUAAUUAAAUGGGCACUGUUGCGUCAGAGUGACCAGGACUAACACUAUUCAACACGAUAGAAGUUUGCUAAUAGUUCUAUAGACUUUGUAGAGUUUGUUUUAUAACACCUCACCCACAGAUUCUGUAUUUUGAAAGUGUGUCAUGUGACGCUUGGUAGUUUUACUCCUUUUAUACCACCCCUUCAAAAAGACUAUACCAUGCAGCCUCAUUCUGAAAAAAAACCUAUACCCGUAGCAACCAAAGAACUAUAUCCGGAGGAACGAAAGCAUAGGCGUCACCGCUUGGAAUUCUUGAAUUAAUUUGAUGGAUGUGAAUUCCAGUCUGGUGUUUCAUUGUUGAUUUUUAGCUUAAAUUCUGCAGGAUCUGUGGGGAGGUGUUAUAAACAAAUAUUGACUGCUUUAUCUCGCGGGACAGUAAAACUAGCCUCCCGAGGUGAUCCAUGGAACACUCUAUUUUCCCGAGGCAAAUUUACUGUACCACUCGCAGUAGUCGAUAUUUGUAUAUUAUGUGCGAUUAACACCACUCACUAGUAUCAUUAAUAUGCUGAAGUUACGUUGGUGUCGUUUCCUGUUACUUUGGUUUUGCCUUUCCAUUUUAAAAAUAGUGAUUUCUUAUGUCACAAGAAAAAAAGGAUUGUCAUAAGAAAUGCAAACAUUUGAUGUUAUUUCAAAUUGGUGUAGAUUUCUUUGAAUUAUUUUCUGUGACACAUUAUGACGUACUAGUUUGAAUGACUUCAGUGUUACAUUUCACAACGAAGUAAAACAAAACUAGUUGUGGACAUAUUUAAAUAGGUUUGAGUCUUUUUUGUUAGGUUAGUUGCUUAAAACGAGUCCACAAAGAUUAGUAUUUGAAACUAGGGGAAACAAAACAAAUUGUAUUAAUCGUUUAAUAAAUGCAAUCAAAUAAAUAAUACCAAACAUACACGAACUGUUGCGAAGAAAAGAGUAUUUCUUUAACGUGCUAACACAAUACAGUACAACAGAGUACUACCACAGGCCUUCAUUUUGGACAAUUCUCAAUAGCAGUGUUGUAGACGAGUACUUUCCGAGUACCAACGUUCUCCGCAAAAUACUGAACUGGGUAAGAGGGAAUAAAGCUUGAGUGAACAG